GAGGAUAGGGUGGGUUCUGCUCUGCGGAUCUGAUCUUGUUUCAUUUCUAUCUGUCUGAACAACAAAUCAAAUACAGUAUGGGGAUUUUGUUUACUCGAAUGUUCUCUUCGCUCUUUGGAAACCGAGAAGCUCGGAUCCUCGUUCUCGGCCUUGACAAUGCGGGGAAAACCACAAUUCUCUAUCGGCUUCAGAUGGGGGAAGUUGUCUCCACAAUUCCAACAAUUGGCUUCAAUGUGGAAACAGUACAGUACAAUAAUAUCAAAUUUCAAGUAUGGGAUCUGGGUGGGCAAACAAGUAUCAGGCCAUAUUGGAGAUGCUAUUUUCCAAAUACUCAAGCCAUAAUAUAUGUUGUUGAUUCAAGUGAUACUGAUAGAUUGGUAAUAGCUAAAGAUGAGUUUCAUGCAAUUCUGCAGGAGGAAGAAUUAAAAGGUGCUGUUGUCCUCAUUUUUGCCAACAAGCAGGAUCUUCCUGGUGCACUUGAUGAUGCUGCUGUGACUGAGGCCUUAGAGUUGCACAAGAUUAAAAACCGUCAAUGGGCAAUUUUUAAAACUUCUGCCAUAAAAGGGGAAGGUCUCUUUGAGGGCUUGGACUGGUUGAGUAAUACACUCAAGUCAGGAGGUGGCUAACUACUUGGGAGAUGAAAAGGUGAAGGUGCUAUGUUAGCCAAGCCAGAACAAAGAAGAGGCUUCAUUUUUCAACUGGGAGAAGUUGUGAGAGAGAAUUCAUUCAUGGAUAGAGAGUUAUCUCAUUGAUCUUUCCUGCUAUUUGGAUUCAACUGCCGAUAAUACACAUGUAAAAUUUUCAUCAAAGACAUUUAUAUUUUAGUGCAUUACAUGUUUUCCUUGUUUGGUACUCUGUAUUUUUAUAUUUUUCCAGUUGCUUGAUAGGAUGCACCUUUU